UCCCGUAAUUACCAGAUAAUGAAAGUUGUAGUCAAAGGAGAUUAUAUUAAAAAAAGACUGCAAAAUUGUACUGCAUCAAAAUGGUUUAUUACUGAUCGAUCGUCUCUCGAUCUGAAUUUCGUUUUCACUCCUGAAAUCCAAGAACUUGUCAGGCUUGUCCUGCAGCUUCAGUUUUUGACUUGUCAAAAUUACAAGAUAAGUGCAAGUAUUAAUCACACUGACUUGCUGGCUAGUGGCUACACUCUUGAGCUGGUAGUACAGUAUCUACUAAUAAUUGGCAGCUAGGUUACUGUAGCUGUCGUAGAUUGGCUCAAGCUAGCUGCGGCCAUGGCGACCUUGCUGCUGCUGGCCGUGGCGGCGGCGGCGGCGGCGUGGGUGUGGUGGGGGCGGUACGCGUGGCGGGCGCGGGCGGUGGCGAGGAGGCUGGCGGCGCAGGGGGUGCGGGGCCCGCGGCGCGGCGGGUUGCUGCGGGGUUGCAACGACGAGGUGCGGCGGCGGAAGGCGGAGGCGGAGGCGGACGGCGUGGCCAUGGACGUCGGCGACCACGACUACCUCCGCCGCGUCGUCCCGCACUUCGUCGCCUGGAAGGAGCUGUACGGAACGCCAUUUCUGUACUGGUUUGGCCCUCAACCCCGAAUCUGCGUCUCCGAUUACAACUUGGUUAAGCAAAUCCUUUCGAAGAAAUAUGGCCAUUUCGUGAAGAACGACGCACACCCAGCUAUUCUGUCAAUGAUCGGCAAAGGGCUGGUGCUGGUGGAAGGCGCAGAUUGGGUGCGGCAUCGUAGGGUGCUCACCCCAGCUUUCACCAUGGACAAGCUAAAGGUGAUGACAAAAACAAUGGCCAGUUGUGCUGAAUGCUUGAUCCAGGGGUGGUUAGAUCAUGCAUCGAACAGCAAGAGCAUAGAAAUAGAAGUGGAAUUCAGCAAACAGUUCCAAGAUUUGACGGCAGAUGUUAUAUGCCGUACAGCAUUUGGGAGUAAUAGUGAGAAGGGAAAAGAAGUGUUCCAUGCACAGAAACAACUGCAGGCCAUUGCCAUAGCAACAAUACUCAAUCUGCAAUUACCAGGAUUCAAGUAUCUCCCUACCAAAAGGAACAGAUGCAAGUGGAAGCUAGAAAACAAGUUAAGGAACACGCUCAUGCAAAUUAUACAGUCCAGAAUUACCUCAGAAGGAAAUGGAUACGGCGAUGAUCUUCUUGGCGUGAUGCUCAAUGCUUGCUUCUCAACAGAGCAAGGAGAAAAACGAGAUGAGCUGAUCCUGUGCGUGGAUGAGAUCAUAGAUGAAUGCAAGACAUUCUUCUUUGCAGGGCAUGAAACCACAUCGCAUUUGCUUACAUGGACAAUGUUCUUGCUCAGUGUGUAUCCAGAAUGGCAGGAUCGGCUGAGAGAGGAGGUCCUGAGAGAGUGUAGAAAGGAAAAUCCAAAUGCAGACAUGCUUAGCAAACUGAAAGAGAUGACAAUGGUGCUACUUGAGACACUGAGACUCUAUCCCCCAGUUAUUUUCAUGUUUAGAAAACCUAUCACCGAUAUGCAACUGGGAAGGCUCCACUUACCUAGAGGCACUGCGAUUGUGAUACCUAUUCCAAUUCUGCACCGAGACAAGGAGGUUUGGGGUGACGAUGCCGAUGAGUUCAACCCGCUGAGAUUUGCAAAUGGGGUCACAAGAGCAGCAAAGAUCCCACAUGCUCAUCUGGGAUUCUCAAUAGGACCAAGGUCAUGCAUCGGUCAAAACUUUGCAAUGUUAGAAGCAAAGUUGGUGAUGGCCAUGAUCCUGCAGAAGUUCUCCUUUGCUCUUUCGCCAAAGUAUGUCCACGCACCUGCAGAUCUGAUAACACUUCAGCCAAAGUUUGGUCUUCCCAUACUCCUGAAGGCUCUGGAUGCAUGAGAUAAUAGUUUUGUAUGUAGCUACUAUUAGUAUGAUUUAUAAAAUAUGUAUAUUACGGGGUUGCUAGAGCUUCGGGCGUUAUAGUUCUUAUCCACCAGAAAGUACACCAUAAAACUAGAAGAUAUGCUGAAGAAAGGCUGCAAUCUACAUUGUUCAGUGUAUUCUGCAUGUCCAGUCUCUUAUUAUCUAUAAAACUUGUCAAGGAUAUGCCCAGAUUAUGUGUAGAAGAUAUAAAACCUUCAAAGUCUAAUCUGAAUUUUGGAUGGACCACCUGAUAGCUUGGUCUAGCAGCUAAAGAUAGAAAGCCCAGUUACUGCCUGAUUUGGAGCUCUAUAUAUUGGCCUGUAUGACAACAGUGGAAAAGCAAAGGUUGCCCACUCAAUAGCAUUUAUGCAGUAAGUCCAAAUUGUCCUUUCA